CCUUGACGUUGCCCCUUGACGUUGCUCCGCUGUGCUGUAGCGGACGUAGACUGUGAAGGUAGCUCGUCUCUUUGCGAAGGAAUGUCGCUGCUGCACCAGUGUCUCUGUUGGGAUGGAGCACUGACAGACGCUUUGGGACAAACAUGUCGGGACUGCACUCUCUUAUCUUAUUAAAUAACCAUGAUGCUCAAGACAACACAGUAGGUACCUCCACCUGUGACCGGCAGCCAAGAACAUCUAGUCAGAUUUAAUUAACAGUGCCGCUGCUGAAUAAAUUAAAAUUAUUAAUUUGGCUUUACAUUUGCUUUUAAGCAUGGAGCCUUAAUUUCCGUCAGGACACACGGUUACACUUUUCCUUGAGUUGUUGUGUGAAAAGUUGAGUUCCUGUGCACCACCACGUGUUACUGAGCAAGCUUGUGAAGCCUCGUCAGGAUGUUUUCAGCGCUUAAGAAGCUGGUGGGGUCCGAGCCAGGGCAGCUCAGGGACAAGAACAUUCCGGCUGGCUUGCAGUCGAUGAACCAAAGUUUGCAGAGACGCUUCGCCAAAGGAGUCCAGUAUAAUAUGAAAAUAGUCAUCCGGGGAGAUAGAAACACUGGGAAGAGUACUUUAUGGCAUCGACUGCAAGGCAAGAAGUUUGUGGAGGAGUAUCUACCCACUCAGGAGAUCCAAGCCACAAGUAUCCAUUGGAACUACAAAAUGGCUCCAUACCAAGCUACUGAUGAUGUGGUGAAGGUAGAGGUGUGGGACGUGGUAGACAAAGGCCAAAAAUAUCCUCUUCCCGAAGGUGUAGGCAAAGGCAAAAGACGGGGAGAGAAUUUGAAACUGGAGAAUGAGCCCCAAGAGUCCGAUGAGGUGGCCCUGGAUGCAGAGUUUCUGGACGUGUACAAGAACUGUAAUGGAGUCAUCAUGAUGUUUGACAUUACCAAGCAGUGGACUUUUAGCUACAUCCUGAGGGAACUGCCCAAAGUACCCACCCAUGUGCCGGUGUGUGUGUUGGGGAACCACAGGGACAUGGGCGAGCAUCGUGUCAUCCUCCCUGACGAUAUAAGAGACCUGAUUGCUGGACUGAACAGACCAAUGGGAGCAUCUUACAUCCACUAUGCCGAGUCCUCAAUGAAGAAUGGCUUUGGCUUGAAAUAUCUGCACAGGUUUUUCAACAUCCCCUUCCUGCAGCUACAGAGGGAGACCCUCCUGAGACAGCUGGAGACAAACCAGCUGGACAUGGACGCCACCCUGGAGGAGCUCUCUGUGCAGCAGGAGACUGAAGAUCAGAACUAUGAGAUUUUCCUGGAGAACCUUGAGUCUCGCAGUAAGGGCUAUGGCUCUCCUGGUCCAGCUAACGGUCAGAGUCCCUCUUCUGGCUCCCAGUCCCCCAUCAUCCCUCCCAGUGGGGCCUCCACAGGCAGCUCCAGCCCCAGCACCCCUCAGCUCCCAAUGCCCUCCCAGAUGCUCCCACAGUCACCGUCUGUGUCCAUCUCCUCCGCUCCACCUCCGCCUCCGCCGACAGUGGCUAGCAGGGCAGCUUCACCCGCUGUUGAGACAAAGCCAUCGGCCCAGUCACCCGAACACGUACAGGCCUCGGCUGCAUCUGGAACGCUGGGCCCCCAGAAACGUGGCUUCAUGUCCCGCUGGUUCGGUUCAACUCCUGCCUCUGAGGCCCCUGCUUCUGCACCAGACGAGCCGCCUGCAUCAGGGUUUCCUGCUAAGGUUCAGAGUGUGGACGAUUUCAUGCCUGAUGAGAGACUGGAUAAAAGCUUUCUGGAGGACAGCCUGCCCCCCCGGACCAAGCCGUCUCAGCAUGCAGUGGCUAUGGACAGCGACAGUGAUGGGGAGAGCCGAGGAAACCCAAUGGUGUCUGGUUUCCAGGACGGGCUGGAUCCUGAUGACACGGAGCCCAGUCUCCCCCAGCCCAGGACCCUGCCCCUCAGUAAAGACCUCACUCUGACCAGUGAUGAGGACGAGGUGGGCCAAGCAGCCCCCGCCAUCAAACAGGACCAAGACCUGGACAGUGAGCCCGAGCUCAAAGCGCCUGUGAUCCACAUCACCAAACCAAAGGUGGCCCCUAAAGGCCCGAGCAUCUCCCUGACUCUGACUCCAGCUGCAGAGCAGCCGCCCCAACACCCGGCCAGGAAGAAGGGAGUGGCAGCCAGAGCCGAGGAGUCUGACUCGGAGCCCGAGGCCCCGGUGGCCCAGCAGAUGCUCUCCUUUGUCAUGGAUGAUCCCGACUUUGAGUCUGAAGCAUCAGACACGCCAAAAAUAAUAAAGGAGACAUUUCCAGUCCGAGACGAGCUUCUGUCCGACCUCUCUGAUGACAACCUGCAGUUAGACAAUGUGGCAGAGCCUCUGAAGCCCACUAUGAUCUCCUUCAAACACAAGGACGAUACCGACCUGUUUGGCCUGGGCUUCAAAGAAGAGGCUCCCGCAGCCAAGGACAGCAGCGAGGACCAGGAAGGGAAAGAAAGCAAACACUCCUCCAAAGAGAAGAAGAAAAAGAAGAAGAAAAGCAAAGAGGAGGAUGAGAAGAACAAGAAGAAACACAAACACAAGAAAAAGGAAAAAGACGACGAUGCAACAGGAGAUGAGAAAAAGAAGAAGAAAUCCCGGACCAAGAAAACCGAGGUGGACGAGUUGGAGGACUUUCUGGGCGGAGGAGCAGGCUCGAUCAAAAGAGAUGACGGCGAUUACGAAGAACUAUAAGCGCUCCUGUUCCAUCGGGAACGGAAGCAUAAAGCAUCUCCAAGCCAUACACACAGCCCCUGACCCAGCCAGGUAACUCCUUCUGGUACCUGUCCUUCUGACUGACUCCACAUCUGCACUACUGCUGUCACUUCCAUUCCAGCCAAUAGGAAACAGCCACGAGACGCCCCAUGAACUGUACUGAGUCGUGACAUUAAAAUCUGAUGAAUGGCUAUUGAAUAAGUUGGCUUAAUAUUU